AUGGCCCCCUCCGCUACCUCGAUCGUUGAGCCCACCGUCCUCCCUCACAAGGGCGGCGUGUCCGUCGGCAACGGCAUGACCAAGCCUGCUGUGGCCCCCAAGACCAACAGCAACUGGGAUGCCUUUGCCUUCGAGCCGAUCCGCGAGUCGCAGGUCGCUCGCACCAUGGGCCGCCGCUACUUUGAGGACCUCGACACCUACGCUGAGUCUGAUGUCGUCAUUGUCGGUGCUGGCAGCUGCGGUCUCUCCGCCGCCUACUCGCUCGCCAAGCAGCGCCCCGAUCUGAAGAUUGCCAUCAUCGAGGCUGGCGUCGCUCCUGGUGGCGGUGCUUGGCUCGGCGGUCAGCUCUUCAGCGCCAUGGUCAUGCGCAAGCCCGCCGACAAGUUCCUCGCCGACCUCGGCGUCCCCUUUGAGGACGAGGGCACCCACGUCGUCGUCAAGCACGCUGCGCUCUUCACCUCGACCCUUCUGUCACGCGUUCUGUCUUUCCCCAACGUGAAGUUGUUCAACGCUACCACCGUCGAGGAUCUCAUUACUCGCCGUGACGGAGAUGCCAUUCGUGUCGCUGGUGUCGUCACCAACUGGACCCUCGUCGCCAUGCACCACGGCGACCAAAGCUGCAUGGACCCCAACACCAUCAACGCUCCCGUCAUUCUCAGCACCACCGGCCACGACGGCCCCUUUGGUGCCUUCUGCGCCAAGCGCCUCGUGAGCAUGCAGGCCAUUGAGAAGCUCGGUGGCAUGCGUGGUCUGGACAUGAACAGUGCCGAAGAUGCCAUUGUCAAGGGCACCCGCGAGGUCGUUCCCGGCCUGAUCAUUGGCGGUAUGGAACUGAGUGAGGUUGACGGUGCCAACCGCAUGGGCCCUACGUUUGGUGCCAUGGUCAUGUCUGGUGUCAAGGCUGCCGAAGAGAUCAUUGCCGUCUACGACAUCCGCAAGAAGGAGAAUGAGAUCUAG